UUUCCAGUCUUUAAAGUUCUAAGGAACGGUUCUUUCAUUCAUUAUUUCUGGAACACAAAGCUUCUUAAUCAACAAAACCCUCUCUCCUCCACUACGCACUUACAAAUCUUAUUUACUAUUUAUGCCCUUACAGCCUUUGUCUACUUAUAAACCUUAAGUACCUCCCUAGUCAUUAGUGUCCUUAAGCAUGGGAAAGGGUACUGUUUCCGUUUUGGCCAGGGGCUUCUUCGUUCUCCACUUUCAGUUUCUGUUUCUACAAUUGCGUAGGGUGGGUUGUAGUCCUCCCAAGGAUCCCAUCAAUUGUUUGUCGCCGUCGGGAACAAGUAAUUGCACCAUCUCCAAUACCUACGGUGCCUUCCCUGAUCGGAGCGUGUGUCGAGCUGCCGAUGUCGUGUAUCCAACAAGUGAGGUAGAGCUGGUGGCGGUGGUAGCGAAGGGCACUAUGAGCAAGAGAAAGAUGAAGGUGGCGACCAUUUCAACUCACAGCAUCCCAAAACUUAUGUGUACCGACGGGGUGGAGGGGUUACUGAUAAGCACCAAGUAUCUGAACCGGACGUUGAAGGUAGAACCCACCACCAUGACUAUCACAGUGGAGAGUGGAGUGACACUAAGGCAGCUGAUCGACGAGGGAGCCAAGGCCGGACUGGCUUUGCCUUACUCGCCCUACUGGUGGGGAUUAACGGUGGGUGGACUUUUGGCCACCGGCGCCCACGGAAGCUCCUUGUGGGGGAAGGGAAGUGCUGUCCAUGACUAUGUCGUCGGACUUCGAAUCGUCACCCCCGCGGGACCUAAUGACAACUACGCUAAGCUCCGAGUAAUCGAUACUACUCAACCUGAUGAUCUUAGUGCCACACAAGUGUCCUUCGGAGUACUUGGUGUCAUCUCUCAGGUUACCCUGAGAUUAGAACCACUCUUCAAACGAUCUAUUACUUAUUUGGAGAAGAACGACUCAGACUUGGGAGACCAAGUAAUUGAAUUCGGAAAUCAACACGAGUUUGCAGAUAUUCAAUGGUAUCCAAGUCAACAGAAGGCUGUCUACCGCAUUGAUGAUCGUGUCUCCUCCAAUAUUUCCGGCAAUGGUCAAUAUGACUUCAUUGGAUUCCGUUCUAUGCCUUCCCUUGAACUGGCAAUCAUAAGAUCUUUAGAGGAAAAUCAAGAGUUGACAAACUAUGGAGAAGGAAAGUGUGUGAAUGGAAAGCUAACAACGUCUACCUUGAUUGCCAGCGCAUACGGCCUAACUAAUAAUGGAAUUGGGUUUCCUGGUUACCCAGUGGUUGGGUAUCACAAUCAUCUGGAAUCCUCAGGGGCAUGCUUGGACAGUUCUGAAAAUGGUCUCAUCACUUUGUGCCCAUGGGACCCCAGAGUGAAGAGUCAAUUCUUCCACCAAACCACCGUCAGCAUAGCCUUAUCCAAAGUGAAGAGCUUCAUCCAAGACGUGCAGAAGCUGAGUGAGUUGGAGCCUAAGGCAUUGUGUGUAUUGGACCUCUACAAUGGCAUCCUAAUGAGAUACGUGAAGACCUCUAAUGCUUACUUGGGGAAACAGGAAGACGCAGUUGACUUUGAUUUCACCUACUAUAGGAGCAGUGACCCCAUGAGGCCUAGGCUUUAUGAGGACAUUAUGGAAGAGAUAGAGCAGCUUGCGCUCUUCAAGUAUGAUGGGCUGCCUCAUUGGGGCAAGAAUAGGAACAUUGCUUUCGUUGGGGCCAUUAAUAAGUAUGGGAGUAAUGCAGAGGCAUUCCUGAAGGUAAAGCAGAGAUAUGAUCCACAGGGGCUCUUCUCUAGUGAAUGGACAGACAAAGUGCUUGGGAUUCAGAAUACAAAUGGGGUGACCAUAAUUAAGGAGGGAUGCGCCCUUGAAGGGCUUUGUGUAUGCUCCCAGGACGUCCAUUGCGCCCCACACAUGGGUUUCUUUUGUAAACCAGGCAGAGUGUACAAGGACGCAAGGGUAUGUAGCUCGGCGCUUGGCUAAUGAAUAACUUUUCUGUAUUAGAAAUGCUCCAGCUCGGUGCUUGGCUAAUAAAUAACUUUUCCGAACUGAUUCCAA